AUGAAGGGCGCCACUCACCACCCUCCUGAGAGACCACUAUGGCUCAUCCACACUUCAGGAACUGGUAAUUUGAUGGUGGAGGACAUGCGUGCGGGCACCUGGGGUCUCGAACGAGCUAAGCAGGUAGACAAGAUCAUUAUUGAAGCUGGUCAAAAGGCCCCCGAUAGUGUUAAGACAGCGAUUGUCUGCCCUCCUUCAAUCUAUGGGCCUGGCAACCAGAAGAGUGUUCAAACGUACUGGUUCGCCGAGGCUGCUCUCAAGAGGAAGAAGGGGUUCUUGGUCGGCGAGGGGAAGAAUAUAUGGCACCAGGUCCAUAUCCAGGACCUGAGCGACCUUUACCUCCGUCUCGGAGACGCAGCUGCAGCUGGUGGCGGUGACGCUACUUGGAAUGAGUUGAAUGACGAGGGGUACUGUUUGGCUGAGAAUGGCCCCUUCGUUUGGGGCGGCUUUCAGAAGCCAGCAUUGAGUCCGCUGUUAGCUGCAGUGCAAAUGUACAUCGAACAAGGUGGGAUUCAAACGGGUGUAAGAUCUGCGUCAGGCCAAGACAGAGUCUGGAACACAGCUUUUAUUGCUGUGUUGUGUAUAAUCACGCUGACCAACUGGGAUCUCCAAGCCAAUGCGCUGUCGGGGAUUCCAGUGGUGGGACUGCUGGUCAUUUACCUCGCUUUGACGCGGCCGCCCAAGUCUGGCAAGCGCGCUUCACAGCGUAGACCCAUUGCUGCUGGGCAUAUCAUAUGCCCGCUGGCAUUCCGUGUGGUGGUCACUCUUUUUCGGCCCCGAAGGACCACUAUUGUGGGCACCACCUUGCUAGGAGUUGCUAAAUCGUCGAUGUGGUAUUUCCUCAUUCAGACAGCUGAGUAUUGUUCCUGGUCAGUGACUGCGGCCAUCGCAACAUUUAGCAUUGUGGCCACCAGGAAUCCAUUCACCUUGACCUCGAAUAUUCAGGCGUUGUCCCAUCUUAUCGCAUCAUUAUUUGCCCUAGGGCAGGUUAUCUCCCUUCUACCGGAUAAGGCCAAAUCCAAAUCUGCCCUCUGGAUAUGCAUUGUCGUCUAUUUAGUCCCAUACCUGAUCAACAAUUACUCCAUCCACGUUGCGAAUAGCUCAGUGAUACAGUCCUCCACGCAUCCGAUCGACCUACUAAUUCAAGAUGCCAAGGCCAAUUUCCAAGCCUUGCUGGAAAGACAGUCAAACAGUUAUACCGCUGCUCGUGAGGAAUAUCGCCGCCGCUACGGCAUGGAACCACCGCCGGGCUUUGAAAGUUGGUAUAAUUUCGCCAAAGCACAUCAAUCACCGAUCAUCGAUGACUUUGAUGUCAUUUAUGAUAGAAUCUUCCCAUUCUGGAGUAUCAGCGGGAUUGAGCUUACCGAAACUAUCAACCGUUUGCAAGAUACACUGAACAGUGAUGUAUGGGUUUGUAUGUUCUCGGCUGAAGAAGCCAGGACGAAUUGCAAACAUCCUCACCGCAGCGUCGAUAGAAAUAUUCAAGGAUUUCUUAACUCAGUACUGGCAGAUCUGCGCGGUCUUCUACCGGAUGUCAAAUUUCUUGUCAAUCAUCUUGAUGAGCCCAGGGUUCUAUUACCGUCAUCCUCUGAGAGGUCUGGAUCACUCAACAUAACCAAUUAUUCCAAGAGACCUGUCUGGGAUACAUUGGUCAAGUUCUGUCCUUCAGAGGGUAGCAAGAAAGCUGACGGACCGACGAUGCAAACAUUUGGUCUCCCGUUUUUGACUGACCAUCACUCGACAAUAGACCUAUGCAGCCAUCCCGAAUACCGUGGAUCACACGGACUCUUGAUCAGCCCUACAUCAUUCCCGUUGAUUGAAGGUCUGGUUCCUAUACUGUCCACCUGCUCGCUGUCGACCAUGGGCGAUAUUCUAUACCCCAGCCCUGCCUACCUUGAGCCGGAAUUUGAAUAUGUAGAGGCCAAGGACAUCAGCUGGGACUCCAAACACAAUAAUCUCUAUUGGGCCGGCUCGACCACUGCUGGCACAAAACCUGGGGAAAACGAACCCCAUUCCUAUCUUCGGGAAGGCAAAGGCGUGGUCAACCGAGUGAAAUCGUCCUUCCUCAACAGCAGACUAUUCGACGUUGCCUUUACCCGAAUCCUCCAAUGCGAGACACGCUAUUGCCGAGACCAACGAGCCCUCUUUCGAACCAAAUCAUGGGCCGACAAGGACGAAGCCUUGCAUUCGCGUCUGGUGUUUGACAUUGACGGCAAUGGUAUCAGUGGCCGGUACUACAAGCUGCUUGCGUCGAGGUCCGCGCCGCUUAAACAGACGCUUCUGCGAGAAUGGCAUGAUGACCGUCUUAUGCCGUGGAUCCAUUACAUUCCCGUCAGUCAGAGCAUGGAGGAGCUACCUGAAAUGGUUAUGUAUUUCACCUCUGAGGCUGGGCAGAAACGAGCCCGGGAGAUUGCGGAGCAGGGGCGGGAAUGGUUCUUGAAGGCCUUUCGUAAGGAGGAUCUGACUAUCUAUAUGUACCGGGUUUUUCUUGAGCUGGCGAGGCUUCAGGAUCCGAAGAGGUCUGCAAGGAGAGCUUGA